AUGAAUCCCAAGGGUCUCAGACGUGUGGCCUCGGAGAUGAGCCUGAGAAUGUCUCCUCCGAAACGCAUGUUCUCCCACCAGUCAGAGGAGUCUGACUUCAGCCUUCCCACUCCUAGUGUCAGCGGAAGCCCUACGAAGAAGCCCAAGAGCAGCUCCAAGCCCAAGAAGGGCAAGAAUGGCUUCUUCGACCAAGUCAAAGACUGGUUCAGUACUGGCGAGCCGUCUGCUCAGGACUGGAAGCAGUUCAAGCAGAGGGAGUACCGAAAGCACGGCAUCUCCAUGAGGGAUCCCGAGGCUAGUGCGAAGCUUCAUGCGCCUAUUGGCGCAAUUCCUGAGGAGGCCAUCAAGCCAUCCAGCGGUCCUGAUCCUGAGGAGCUUGCCAAAAAGAGGGCCGCCAACCGGAAGAGGAUUCGCACACACGGCGGCUCUCAGAGGGCGUCGAGUUCCAUCUCUUCCGAGUCAUCCUCGAGCAGUCGCGAGGCGAACCCCAUCGCUCCUUGGGCAUAG